UUGUUAACAUUUAAAACUACACCUAACAACUGCUGCAGUUAUUGACUUCAUUCCAACCCGCCAUUGAAAAUGCUCUCUGUCUUGUUUCAUGCUUUCAUUUCUCCCUCGAACCUGGUUCAAAGCCUAGCUUCUCUCUUUCUAUCUGUAAAUCUUUCUUUCCGUUUCUCAAUGUCAUAUGCUUUCACAUAAGCAACCAUGUCGUUUCUCUAUCUAUUCUUCUGCUCUCUCUUCAUUGCAGUACAUUCUCAACCCCCACCUCCUACAGGUUUCUUCAUCGACUGUGGCGCCAACAAAUCCUCCGUGAUCGACGGCCUAACAUGGUCGCCCGACAGCGAAUACGUGUUUUCUGGAGUACCCAGAUCAGUAAUCAUCCCCGAAAGCCCUUACUUUGUCAAGACGCUCUCCACCCUCCGGUCUUUCCCUCUCGAAGGCCGUACUCAACGGAAAUUCUGCUAUGUUCUUCCGGUGACCCGCAAUGUCACAUACCUCGUCCGAACCACAUACUUCUACGGGGGAGUCAACGGCAGAGAUUCACCCCCGGUCUUUGAUCAGGUUGUCGAUGGGACCUUCUGGAGCAUUGUGAACACGAAGGAGGAUUACGCCAGAGGGAAGUGGUCUUACUAUGAAGGGGUGUUUGCUGCUACUGGGAAGACGAUGAGUGUUUGUGUUGCUACAAACACGUAUACAGAUUCAGAUCCGUUUCUUUCAGCUUUGGAAGUAGUGUAUUUGGACAAUUCACUUUAUAAUUCGACCGAUUUCAAGAAACAUGGUUUGAAUUUGAUUGCAAGAAGCAGUUUUGGAUAUAGAGGACCAACUAUCAAAUUCCCUGAUGACAAAUUUGAUCGAUACUGGGAACCAUUUGGAGAGAUUAGUCCUCCAUUUCAAAGCUUAAGGGAGCUCUCAGUUUCUGGUAUUUGGAACCUUCCACCCUCAAAGGUAUUUAACACAAAGCUGACAUUUGACCAAGGAAACCACAGUGAACUGCAAUGGCCUCCAAGAUCACUUCCCGCCUCCAACUAUUAUAUUGCCCUGUACUUUGCGGAUGAUCAUAAUGGUUCACUGGGGAACCCGAGAAUAUUGAACGUCGCCAUAAAUGGAAUAGAAUACUACAGCAACCUAAAUGUGAUUUCAACUGGUGUUGUUGUUUUUGCAACCAAAUGGCCUCUCUCUGGCCUUACGAAGAUAACUCUGGCUCCUUCCUCUGGAUCGGUUCUAGGUCCCGUGAUCAAUGCUGGAGAAAAUUUUGAUGUAUUGCCCCUUGGAAGAAGAACUGUUACUCGAGAUGUAGUUUCUUUGGUAGAGGUAAAAAGAAGUCUACUGAAUCCUCCACUUGAUUGGAAUGGUGAUCCUUGUUUUCCUCAGCAAUACUCAUGGACUGGAGUAAUUUGCGCUGAAGGAAACCGGAAUCAGACUCGUGUGGUUGCUUUAAACCUCACAAGCAUGAGCCUUCAAGGAUCUCUAUCACCUAAAAUUGCCAAUUUGACUGCGUUGACUGACAUCUGGCUUGGGAACAAUUCUUUGUCGGGGCCAAUACCUGAUUUGAGCCAAUUAAAGAUGCUGAAAACAUUGCAUUUGGAGGACAAUCAGUUCAGUGGAGAGAUUCCUACAUUGCUGGGGGACAUUGCUUAUUUGCAUGAACUUUUCAUCCAAAACAAUAAUCUAACUGGUGAAGUUCCACACAGCCUUUUAGUAAAAUCUGGAUUGAACCUUAAGACUUUUGGAAACCAACAUUUACAAACCCAAACUAUAUUUUUCCAAAUCUUUCUUUGUCAUCCUCUCUCGUGUGUUCUCACAUUUGUAGUUAUGCCGUUUCUCUAUCCACUCUUUUUCUGCUCUCUCUUCAUCGUCGUAUAUUCUCAGCCCUCGCAUCCUAAAGGCUACUUCAUCGAUUGUGGUGCCACAGAACUCUCUGUGAUCGACGGCCGAGAAUGGCUCCCAGACACCAAUUAUGUAUCUGCUGGUGUUCCGAAAUCAAUAAACAUCCCCGACAUUGUCCCAACUCUCUCCACCGUUCGGUCUUUCCCUCUCGAUGGCAAUACCCGUCGGAAAUUCUGCUACGUUGUUCCGGUGUACCGCAGUGCCAAGUACCUCGUCCGAACCAUAUACUUCUAUGGGGGAGUCAAUGGUAAAGACUCACCGCCGGUUUUUGAUCAGAUUGUCGAUGGGACAUUCUGGAGUGUUGUGAAUACGACGGAGGAUUACGCGAGGAAUAUGUCAUCUUACUACGAGGGGGUGUUUCUUGCUGCUGGGAAGACAUUGAGUGUUUGUAUUGCUUCAAACACGUAUACGAAUUCUGACCCAUUCAUUUCUGCAUUAGAAGUUGUGCUUCUGGGCAAUUCACUGUACAACUCUACAGAUUUCGGUAAAUAUGGCCUGGCCUUGGUUGCAAGGAACAAUUUUGGUUAUGGAGGACCCAUCAUCAAAUUUCCUGAUGAUCAGUUUGAUCGCUACUGGGAGCCAUUUGGAGACAGUAAUCCUACAAUACAGAGCAUCAGAAAUGUCUCGGUUUCUGGCUUUUGGAAUCUUCCACCCUCAAAGGUGUUUGACACUGAGCUAAUAUCUGACCAAGGAAAACCCAUGAAGUUGCACUGGCCUCCAGGACCUCUUCCUAACUCCAGCUACUACAUUGCUCUAUACUUCGCUGACAACCGUGAUACCUCCACGGGGAAUUCAAGGGUUUUGAACAUCAGUAUAAAUGGAAUAGAGUUUUACAGAAAUCUGAAUGUCACUCAAGCUGGUGUUGUUGUUUUUGCAACCCACUGGCCUCUCUCUGGUCUUACAGAGAUAAAAUUGACUCCUGUGAUUGGAUCAGAUGUGAGUCCCUUAAUCAAUGCUGGAGAAGUCUUUGAUCUGCUGCUCCUUGGAGGAAGAACUGUUACACGAGAUGUAGUUGCUUUGGAGAAAAUGAAGAAUAGUCUAGAAAAUCCUCCACUUGAUUGGAAUGGUGAUCCCUGUUUACCACGCCAAUACUCAUGGACAGGAGUUACAUGUUCUGAAGGAACCCGGAUUCGUGUUGUAGCAUUAAACCUGUCAAGCUUGGGCCUCCAAGGAUCUCUAUCACCUAAUAUUGCCAAGUUAACUGCAUUGACUGAUAUAUGGCUCGGGAAUAACACUUUGACCGGGUCUAUUCCUGAUCUUAGCCAACUAAAGAGGCUGAAGACACUGCAUUUGGAGGACAAUGUAUUCAGUGGAGAGGUUUCUCCAUCACUGGGGGACAUUGACAGUUUACGAGAACUCUUCAUUCAGAACAACAAUCUGACUGGUGAAGUUCCAAACAGCCUUAAAGUGAAACCUGGAUUGAACCUUAAGACUUCUGGAAACCAUUUUAUAGUGCCAUGACCUUCACUAGUAGCAUGGUUUGCAACUUGGAGGGAUAAAUUUGUAGACAUAUUUUCAUUUCUUUUCCUUCUCAACAUAUUCUGGAUGCUCUGACAAACAUUCGUUAGUGAGGAGUGAAAGUCCUGUAGACAUCUGUAAAUGUUUCAUUUACAUUUUCCAUGUACUUAAAUGUGCUCUGGGUGUAUCUAAACAUGGAAAUUGAUGUUGGCAUUUUUUCAUUAGGUAUGGUUGUACAACA